GAUCAGGGUUAGAGGCGAAUGUUUCUUCAUUGUCUGAAGGAUUUUAAGGCAAACAGAAAGAGGUAACGGUUCAGCUCCUCUGUGAGAAGUGUACACAAUCGUACUUGUCUGUAAUUCAUGGCGUAUACGCCAUACGCCAAGCUAAUUUCGGCGUACAGUUGUAUGUCCGUACGCCUAUUUUUUGCAAUGGAAAUCGGCCUAUUUUUGGCAAUGGAAAUCGGCCCUUUAAAGGCCGAUUUCCAUUGCAAGUCGCUUUGCAGUACUCAACUUUCUCUGUAGUUGUCUAACCUGUGCGUUUUUUGUCCGCCUGACUCCUUGCGGACACGCCAUUAAAAUUGAACUACAUUCAACUUUCUUGGCGUGCCCGUGCGACUGAUUUUUCACGUGAUUACAAUCUCGUUCUCCGAGCCUGCGAUCCUCGGGAAGGAACGUGAGGCUCUGGGAUAAUCCGUUGCCGGAAGCCAGGAAUCCUGGCUAAGACCGAACUGCGCAUUCCAUAACAACAGCCAAUCAGAUUCCUCCCUAAAACGGAUUAUCCCAGAGCCUCGCGUUCCUUCCCGAGGAUCACAGGCUCGGGGAACGAGAUUGACGUGAUUAAAAUUGGUCGCUUCACCCGCGCGGGCAAAGCGACCGCAAUGGAAAAUGGUCUUAAGUUGGCCGCAUCCGUAAAUUUAAUCAGUGGUUACUGCAAAAUGUGACAAAACUGCGCAAGUGUCGAAUUUCUCAGGCCCAGCUUUUAUCCGUAGUCCAAUCUAAACCCUGGUUUGAAUUGCAAAAUCUUACCGCCCCGCAUUUUCUCCGUAUAGGUGGUGUAACUCGAUGUACGAAUGAUGCUAUAGUUCUCUGUGAAGCAGCUGGUUAUGAUACAAUCUUAGUUGAAACAGUUGGUGUAGGUCAAGCAGAACUGGCUGUCUCAGAAAUGGUGGAUAUGUUUGUUUUGUUAGUAAGUCCUGCAUCAGGAGAUGAACUGCAAGGAAUUAAACGUGGAAUUAUGGAAGUUGCUGAUCUUAUUAUCGUUACUAAAAACGAUGGGGACUUGAAGGCAGCGGCGAGAAAGACAAAGACGGAAUAUAUAAGUGCGAGUAAAUUUUUACGGAGUAAGAAGUCAUCAUUAUGGAAGCCUAAGGUACGUAUGAUCGGUGAUUAUUGGCAAAACUCUGUUUAUAGUUAUUUCCCCGGCGCAAUGUCGACAGCUGAUUGUUUUAGUCUUUAAAUCCAGCAAAACUUCAACCUUGUUCCCAGGAAACGAGAAAGACCCUGGGAACGAGCCCGGUUGGCAAAACGUGAAUUCUUACCCGCAAGUUACAGUGGUAGUAACUUACUUUACAGAAAUAAUUGCGCCUAAACUAACUUAGCGAACAAACUAGGCGAAAUCAGGUGGUAUUAAAGCCUCAAAUAUACCCUUUGGAGGUCGUUCAUCAAUUAAAAGAUGACCAUCGUCAUAACUGUGCGGCCUAGGUAGUGGACCUAGGCCUCAAGCCCGCGAGCCUUUGUGCAGGUUCGCGAGGCUCUGGGAAGCACGGGGUGAAAAUCAGUACAACAGGAAUGCACACCAAUCGGUGAUAAGUUUAUUCCCUGCAUCAGGUAUUUAGGCAGACGGCCGUCCAACCAUCCUAUGGACUGUCACUUUCGAAAAUUAAUUAACAAUAGACGAUCACGAACGGCCUUAGCAAAUAAUGUUUCAAAUAGCAACGUACAAACUUUGUGAUAUUGCGUGAAUACCUCAAUACGUUACGAUACUUUUGUGCGGAAAUAUAUACACGUUGAUGUUAGCGCCAUGUCUGUUAAGCAUGCCACGAAAUAAGUGGCCAGACCCACAAUAUUUUUUGGACGGCCAGGUCUGACACCCUGGCUGACGUCCGGGUUUGACAUCCUCGUUCCCAGGACUUCUCGACUUAUUUCCUCUCGUGUAUAUGAUAUAUUAUUUGUUCAUAUUUUAUGAUUAUGUAGAUUCUCACGGCAUCGUCAACGAAACGAGAAGGUAUUCUCGAGACGUGGAAUGAAAUAGAGGAGUUUUUUAAAACUAUGACUGAAUCAGGAGAACUUACAAUGAGGCGAGAAGAACAACAUGCACUGUGGAUGUGGAAUUAUAUCAAAUAUGAAGUACUUGAAUUAUUUAGGAAAAAUCCGGCCGUGACAGGAAAUGUUGCAUAUUAUGAGGAACAAGUUAUAAAAGGAAAUAUUACGCCGGGAUUGGCUGCUGAUGAACUACUGGGUCUAUUUUUACUAUCAAGACAACAAUCUAUGAAGGAAGAAGAAGGCAAAAGAUAAUGAUCUUGUAGUUAAGAUUACCAUGGUUUCUCCCUUUCUAAAAAUUAUAUAACAAAUUGAAAUAUCCUUAUGAAUGAAUUUGAAGUGACAGGGUGGGAUAUUCGCGUACUUACGUACCAGAGGUACGCCAAUAUUACGGUCUGCGGAACUCUUGAUAUCUGCGUAUUUACUUUUUGCUGGUACCAAAUGACCUUUCCAAGCCCAAGGUAUUCAAUACCGUAAUUUAAUUGGUUUAUCAUGUGUCUGAGAUGUCUUGGCAUGAAACAUGAUUGGACUGAUGGCACUAAGAUAAUGAUCUUGUAGUUCGGUUUCAUCAUAGCCAAGUCACUUUCUUUACAAUCAGCGGAGUCUACCCAAUUGUGAAAAAAGUUGCGCUGAGCCUUGGUCGUCCACCUUCGGAAAGUUCGGUUGGUGAUGGUGUAAGGAAAUUAGGUUUAGGAGUAACAGGCACUUGUGAUGGUAUCUCGGCAAAUACAGGAGUACGAGGCACUUGUGGUGGUAUCUCAGCAGAUAUAGUAAUAGGAGGCACUUGUGGUGUUGUUUGAACAAGGCUUUCAACAAUUUCGUGACUGGGAUAGUGAUCCGGGACAUCCAUCUUAUUUUUGAAAGUCAGAAACCUAUUCAGCUGAUCAGAAUAAAGCUCGCUUUUCUCCACCCCAGAAAGUUGUGGUGAUUACAAAUAUCGAUCACCCACAGAUGAGAUUAAAUUAAGGGUACUUUGUAUUGGGAAAGUGUGCUUGUUGGAAGACGUCUCAUUCUACUUUCUAUCCACGCUCUUGUUGUCGAUCACUGCUUGGAAUGUUUUUGUUGAUCAUCAUUUGUUUUCAUCAUGUUCUUGUUUUUCCGUUUAAAGAAAAGAAAACAAAGCAAAUUAUAUAGAAACCAUUUCGCUUCUUGCAUUGGUUGUCAUUUCAAAUAUAAACCUGUGCAAAGCGGUGUUAUGGUCACCAGGAGUGACUCCUGUUGGUCCAAACUUAACGCACAUAAAGAUACUCGAAUGGAUUUAAGUGGUUUUGCUUGCUCUUGUUCCAUUUAUUUUCACCAUUCUCCUUGCGUGUUGUGUUCUUUCACUUCUUACGCGUUUAGUUUUCAUUUUAGCACAGGGUGUUGCAACUUUUUUUCUCAUCCCUGAAGACUUAUAUUUUUGUUGAAGAAGAUCGUCCUCUUAUAGCGAACUGAGGCAGCAUUAAAACUUUAGACUAUCUGAUACAAAUUGUCGUUGUUGAUCAUUCACUCAACUACAAUAUCCCACUACUUAACGUAUGACUUGCUUCGGAAUUGUACGGUGCAUUACUAUGCAGCUAUAUUAAAGAAUACGACCUCUAUGUGUUCAAUACGGUUCAAUACGUGGAUGUAGAGAGAGACAACUUCUCCUAAGAAGAGUGGUUUGGAGCAAAAUUGACAGUGGGUCGGCACUCACUGUAAUUACACCUUAUCAUAUUUAAGAAGAUAUUCACAACACUAUUAACUAUACGUGACGUUGUGGUAAUGUUAUAUGAUAUGAAUUGCGCAUGUGUAUUUGUCUGAAAUAUUAAUUAUGUUAACUAUUAUUUUAAAACAUUUAUGUUACAUUUCUACCAACAAAAUUACAUUAAUUUCUACCAUAAUUACAAAACAUUUAUAUUACAUUUUUACCAACAAAAUUACAUUAAUUUCUACCAUAACUACAAUUAUUACGUAUCUUAUUAUUAAAAUAUACAGAAUAUGUAGACUUAAGUGCAAACCAACUAAAAUAUUAUCUAUAUAUACAUUAACUACUUUAUCAUUUUUGUAAGAGUCGUGACAAAACCUACAAUUCCAGCAAUUAUACCAAAUAAAAUGAGGAAAAUAUCCUUGACUACAAUAUAACUAGGUAACGUAUUACGUUUAAUCAUCAAGUGAAAUACACAAGGUAAAAUAAAAGCCAAUAAAGAACUGCCUAUUGAACCAGAUAAAGCAGUGAUAUAAGCGUAAUAGUUACGACCUACGUACGCUACACCAAACGAAAAAGAAACCAGAAUAGAACGUAGGAUGUUUCUCUUCCAUGUGGACCAACCCUGAAAUGGAAAAACAAUAUUUCAAUUUAGUUGUUAGUUUA